AUUUUUUCAUCAAUAAACGAUGUAUAAUUCAGUUCAAUGGAUGUGAACAUCAGCAUGAUUGUACAAUGAACAUUCAGUAAGACAUUAUUUUUAUCUACAGAGCAACUGUGAAAACUGAAACGCGUUUAUGAAUAAUGCACAAUUUGCGUUAUAAUCGACUAUCAGUUUGAUACAACUUUUGAAUUUUGAGUUGACAAAAUGGAUGAAUCCAUUUUACAGGAUAAUCAGUCAACAUAUUCAAGUUUUAGUCAAAAUGAUAAUGUAUCCGAUGAUAUUCAGUUUAUUUUAGAAUGGAGUCUAACUAAUCUGUCAGCAAAAAAUACAUCACAACAAAUCUAUUACUUUUUCAAUAACUAUGUGAAUACAUUAUUAAAAAAUCCUUAUAAACGAGUAUUGCUAUCAUUGUACAUAAUAAUAUUAUUAUUUGGUACACUUAUUAAUUUAUUACUCAUACAUACAAUCAGAAAAUUGCGGAGUCCAAAAUCUCUAGCCAAUAGAAGGAUGUUAUUGAUACGUGUAUUGUGUGAUUUAGCUUUGGCAUGGUUCGGUGUACCAUAUACAGCAUAUACAGCUGUAUAUAAAAAUUGGUUAUUAGGCAAUAUAAUGUGUAAAAUUUCUGCAUUUCUUAUUUAUUUCAUUGUUGCAUUAAACAAUUUUCUACUUGUUGCUAUCUGCUUAAAUCGUAGUGUAGGCAUCAGUCAAAAUGGUAAACAUUUAACUGAUCCAACAGUCAGUGUACCAUGUCGAGUGAAAUGUUUAUUAGUUGCAGCCGGAUUGUUAGCAUUGAUUAUAGCAUUUCCUGGUGGAAUUGUCAGUGAACAAGUACAAAUUAAAUUGCCUGAAACAAUGAAAAUAUAUUUUGAUUUAAAUACAGACAUAUCGGAAAUGAUACCUAUGAUAUGCAUGGAUUCAUGGUCACGUGAAGCUCAGCUUGCAUAUGAUGUUAUUUUAAUAGUAGCAAUAUACGUUUUACCACUGAUAGUUGUGUGUUUAAGCCAACAUGUUGUUACAGUUCAUUUGAAACAGUCACAAAGACUAUUAAUGCUUUCUGGAUAUCGUAAUACAACAGCAUGGACAAGAAGACGUCAGCGUUUAACAAGACUAUGUGUGUUAAUGGCAGCAUUAUUUGUUUUAUCUUGGUCGCCCAAUCAUGUAUGCAAUCUGUUAACAAAAACAUUUCAUAUCAACUAUCCAGUAACUGAAAUUUUACUUGAUUAUUCAAUGUGUUUAGCUAUGUCAAAUGCUGUCACAGGUCCAUUAUUACUAAUUGCUACAUGCUCAAACUAUCAUCGUUAUAUUUUUCGCUUCUUCUAUCGACCAUCUAUUACAAGUCAUUCUACUACAAGUUAUUCAAUGCCAGCUAAUUCGAUACAUUCAUCAACUGGAAUGGGUUUACCAAUAGAAACAUAUCCAACUAUUCAUAAUCGUGUGAGCAAAGAAAAAUUAAAAACUAUUGAGAAUUCACGUAUGUUAGAAAUGGUGGGAAUUGAAUGUGACUCCAAUUGACAGUCAACUUCAUAAUCAAUUUUUGCUAUUGUGUAUAUAUUUCAACUGAAUGUUGAUUGAAAUCCUUGUUUUUGUCUUCAUAGUUGUCAAUACGAAAGCGUUAGCAGUACAAGUUAAAAAAAAGUCGAAAAAUAUAUCCGAACACAUGAUUGUUGUUAUGUUACAGUAUUGUUUUACAGUUUUCUCUUUAAUGAAAUGUUGUGUCAUAUUUGAUGUUGGUUUCCAAUAAACUCUUGUGUAUGAAUUAUAACUAAUAAGAAUGUUUAUUUUCAUGAUGAAUAAUGUGC